CAGUCGCCCUACGUUUCCUCUUCCGAGGAGGGGCGGGGCCGCGGCGCCCGCGGAAAACGCGGGCCAGAGGUGCUCGGCUGGCUACCGCGGCGGGCAUGGCAGGCUUGGGGAGUCUGGUCCUGCGGCCUUGGAUUCGAGAGCUGGUUCUAGGGUCAGAGGCACUCUCAAGCCCGCGGGCGGGGCAGCUGCUCAAGGUACUGCAGGAGGCCGAGGCCCCGGGCCCGUCCCGCGCUCCUGACACGUCUGAAGGGGCCACGCUACUUGUGUCCGACGGGACCCACAGUAUCCGAUGCUUGGUGACGCGGGAGGCUCUGAACGCCUCGGACUGGGAGGAGAAGGAGUUCGGCUUUCGAGGGGCAGAAGGCCGGCUGCUGCUACUGCAGAACUGCGGGGUCCGCGUCCAAGUCGCCGAGGGAGGCACGCCCGCGGAGUUCUACCUCCAGGUGGACCGCUUCAGCCUGCUGCCCACGGAGCAGCCCCGGGAACGGGUGACUGGUUGCAACCAGGACCCGGAUGUGCGGAAAAAGCUCUAUGACUGCUUGGAGGAGCACCUUUCAGAGUCCACCUCCCCCAGUGCAGGCCUUUCACUGUCCCAACUUCUGGAUGAGGUAGAGGAGGACCAGGAGCAUCGGGGGGCGCUAGUGAGCCUGGCUGAGAGCUGUCUGAUGCUGGCAGGCCCUUGCACAGCAACCCCCCUCACCCGCUGGGCAACCUCACGCUGCAGAGCCACGGGAGAAGCUGUGUACUCUGUCCCCAGCCUAUGGCUGCACAUCUCUGAGAAUGACCAGCAAAUCCUGAGCUCUCUGGGCCCAGGUCAGAGGGCACAGGGCCCUGAGCUACCCCCACCACACCCAGCUCUACAGGACCUAUCGCUGACUCUCAUCUCCUCUCCUCCUUCCUCACCCAGUUCCUCAGGAACCCCUGCCCUACCCAGCCACAUGCUGUCAGAGGAAAGUGGUGCCAGUAUCAGCCUUCUGCCUGCCUUGCCCUUGGCUGCUCCAGACCCAGCGCAGAAGGCCAGCUCCCAGCCCCUGUCAGCCAUCUGCUCAGCCCAUGGCCCCCUGCCCCCCAGUUCCCCACACCUCAGCCAUGUACCCAACUCCCCACCCCUGAGCUGCACCCCAAGUCUGUCACCCCUUAGCCAUGUCCCCAGUCUACACCAGGCCCAUGUAACCAUGACCCAGAGACCUAGUCUGGAGUUCAAGGAGCUAGGGUUACCCCCCAAGACCGGGCAGCACUCUCCAAGGACAAGAACCACCAAGGGAGCCCUGGAGUCCAGCUCUGUCUGGGACCCCCGAAAGAGGCAUCGUGACGGUUCUGCCUUCCAAUAUGAGUACGAGCCACCCUGCCCCUCCCUGUGUGCCCAGGUCCAAGCUGCCAGGCUCCCUCCCCAGCUUGUGGCCUGGGCCUUGCACUUUCUGAUGGAGCCACAGCCGGAGGCUGAACUAACCCAGGUGUGAGGGGUCAUGUGAGCACGUGGGAGGAUGCGUGCACAGGGGCCUGGAGCUGGUCCUCAUGCAUAGACACUGCUCGUCGCCCCGCCAAGAGAGGCCUCGGCCUCAGCUGGCCAUCUGGGGGAGGCCAGGGUAUCAGGGUAUGGUCCCAACAGCUGCCCCCGCUCCAGCCCUUGCCUCCCACCUUCAGGGUCCCCAGAGGAGCUGAGUUCCCAGCAGGGACUCCUCCAGGUCCUAGCCCAGUAUUGGGUGGGGGCUAGGGUACCUGCUUACCUUCAUUCCUGGAGCCUAAGCAGGAAUCCUCUGGGAGGCCC